AUGAAUGAUACUACAGAAUCAAGCACUACUUGUAAUACAACAAACACAACCGACAUAUUGGAGGAGCACUACACCAGGACAGACCAACCGAUUCCUGGUAAUGUUUCUCAAGAUUCUUCGGGGAUAAGAUAUGCUAUGUUAGAAAGCGACACUCAGAUUCAUACAGAACAAGACAUCUUAGAAGAUAAAAUGGAUGAGGCCCCAGCAACUGGAAUAAAAUCUAAUGAUCCAGUGUCUCAUGAAGGUUCCCUUGGAUAUGAAGAAGUAGAUAAAGAUCAUUCACAGGAGGAUGGGACCAGUCCAGUAGGCACAUUAAGACCACUGUCAGUAUUAGGUCUGCCUCAGAAAGAUCUGUCAAAUAGAAGGCUUUCCUUAGAGUCCAGGGGAAGUAGUGAAUUUAUUCUUGAAGCAGACGAAGUUCCGAUCGUUUCGUCAAGAGGAGAUGAAAUCUUGCCUGAAACCACUGUUAGUGAAUUACCUACAGAUGAUAACCUACCAGAAUCUCAGACUUUUAUCAAUGGAUAUCUUCGACUCAAACCGACUGUUGUUGAACACCGAGGCGAUGAAGGAGAGGAGUCUUACUGUUCACUUGCAGUUCAAUCAGCACGCCCUGAACAAACAGAAGACACCAAUACCACACAGAAAGGACAAGGAGAUGAUAAAGUAAUCAACUCUCCCAGUUGUACCCACCCUAGUCCACUAGAGUCAAAACUGGCUGAUUAUUUGGGAAAUGUAAAUAUGAAUUCUUUGAUAGCUGUUGUGGGUGAAUCCCCGGUGGAUGUUGAUUAUAUAAAAACUGGGAAGUCCAAAGAAACAUCCUAUCACCUUGUGUUGAAUGAAGAACAUUGUGAACCAGAUAGUGGGAGCCUAGGAGAUGAUAAUGUCAAGGACAGCAAAGCUCCAGACGAUAAGGACAGUUCUGGAAGUGGUAUCAAAAGUCUUGAGGACAAAAGUGAAUUGUCAGUUGUUAAGAACAUACCUACUGUUAGCGUUGAUCCUGAACUACAGGAAAUUAACAGGACACAAGGAAUGACUCACUUAAAGGAACAACCAACAGGAAAGAGAAAAGCUGUCACCUUUGUUGAUGGACAUCUGCCUCAAAAAGACAUUCAUGCUUCGGAUUUGUCACCUGAAGAGAUUAGCAAUGCAGCAGAAACACAAGGCAGUAACGAAGAAAGACUGACAAAUAAGGCUAUGUUGAAAUCAGAAGUAAUGAAACCUGAAGUAAUCCUUCAUCAGGGUACUGACAACCAGGAAGACCUGAAACCACACAAGUCAGUACAGGAAGAAACGUCUCUGCCUGCAGCCACUUUGCAAGCAAAUAUUAACCAUGUUACAGAGACAGUGCCUGACAAGGGUAUGUCUGAAGACACAACAGCAACAAGUCCAAACAAUGUACCAACUUCAGAAACAAAUCUAAUGCCAGGCCAUCACAGACAGUCAACAAGUUUGCAUGGGCAGACGGUCAUGACAGUUGCAGAGGUCCCAAGAGGACUGUCGGAGAAGGUUGAUGAACCUGUACCAACUUCAGAAACAAAUACAGACCACAGUCAUCCCAGACAGAGAAGUACCAGACAUUCGACAAGUUUGCAUGGGCAGACAGUCAUCACAGUUGCAGAGGCUCCGAGAGGACUGUCGGAGAAGGUUAAAGAACCUGAGGAUAAAACAGCAACAAAUCCACUCCGAGGGAAUCACACCCUCUCAACAAGUCUGCCAGGGACGACAGUCCUGACAGUUGCAGAGGCAGGUCAAGUUUCAGUAGCUGCUGCCAUUGUUCAAAGUAGCAAUGAAGCAGUGGAUGGGCAGGUGGAACAGAGAUCAGAACACCGAGUGGUUGCUGUGUCAGAAUGUGAAGGGCUGCCAGACAAGGCUCCCCAUAAACAUGUGACACAGGGGGAGGAGCAGAACAGGAUGAGUCCACCCCGAAAUGAGGAGCAGAAGGAGGAGGUCGAGCCUGAGCAAGUUUUAGGGGACACUGAAAAUACUGAUGCAAGGGACAGCAAUGAUCAGUUGUCAGAUGAAGCUUCUGCUCCGAAGCCCGCCACAGUUUCUGAUAGUGUGUCAAGUGUUCACGAGUCUGAUGCUUCAGGUCUGAAUGGUGAUGCGGCUUGUGGCAGACAACAGACAAUAGCAAGUAAACCAAGUGGAAUGUCAGUGACUGGAAACAUGGCUGAAUCAGAUGGGCAGUCUGUGUCUGAAUCGAAAAGGGGACUGCAUUCAGAUCAGACCUCUGGACAUAGGAUUAUCCUUGUGUCAGAGAGUCUCCCAGCCCCUGUUGCCAAAGCCAAGGUCAUUGAGAGACGCCCAGGUGGAUCCAGAGUUAUUCUUGUGUCAGAAAAGUCUGAGGUGUAAAACAGUGAACUCUGUCAUCUCAUUAUUAUUUUAUGUAACAUUUAAGCAAAUUCUUUAUGGAAGGACUUGACAUGCGUGACCUAAUGUGAUUAUGCAUUUUCAGAUGGACUUGUUGAGUUAUUUUCCAAAUGAUUUGGAUGUUAUGCAUCAAGUCUUGGCUUUUGGAAGAUUACACCCUAACACAGAAUAUUUGUAAUGACAUACCUGACUUGUGAAGAAAAGAACUAAGAUGUCCUUUCCAUGCUGACAGUAGUUUGGAAAAAAGGACCAACCUAAUUGUAUUACUGUUCAACAUGUGUGAGAAUAUGAGUUGCUGAUUUCAUAAACAAAGUCAUAGAGAACAGUAAACUGGUGACAUUCAGUGAAAUUGUCUGAUGUAACAAACUAAUAAAUAAUGCAGUGAAUAUUGUGAAUCCACAUGUCAUUCACAGUGAAAUUUAUGGAAUGAGCAAAGGUGUAGGCAUUUGUAAGGAGAUCUUCCGACAGGACAACAAGGUCAAUGGUAUACAUGUUCCAGGACGUAAUCUUUCAGGAGGUGGAGUAGGCGCCAUUACAUGGCAGACACCACUCAACAACUCAGCGUGUAUAUUGUUUAUUGUGUUUGUUGUUGACAUUUUUUUUAUUUAUUGUGUAUUAUUUGUUUUCUAUGUUUUUUUCCUUUGGUUGACAAUAUUCAGCUGUUAUCAUGUUUAUUGUUUGAUUGUUUUGGGACUGGGAUUUCUUUUUACAAUUUGUGACUACCAUAAUGCAUUUGUUGCCAGUGAGUACAUACUAAUCAUUUUGACUGUAUACUGUAGAAUUAAGAAUAUAUACUUACGUCUUGAAGUGAAGCCUAAAAUGAUUUUUCUGAUGGCAUUAUCAAUUAUCGUUUGUCCAAACAAGUCACACUGUCUGCACCUGGACACUCAUAUACCCUGGACUCCAUGCUCUCCCCUCCCCUUAGUGGUCAGGCUUGGAGAAUUGGUUGGGUCCUGAGGCAAUUAUUAUGUAGCUUGAAUAUCGUUGAGCGCAGCAUUAUACAACAUGCUCCCAUUUCUUGUCAAAAGUUGAGGAGAACGGUUUUGUUCUUCUGAAGAGUGAUGAUAAUCAAGGAAUAUUUUUUAUUGGUUUUACAAAGAAUAUUUACAAGGAAUAUUUAUAACAAAUGUUUACAACGAAUCAGAUCUUGCUCAUAUAGAUUGAGUUGUAUGAAAUGUAUAUACACGAUGUCAUUCAAUCAAAAUUAACCAUUUAUGAACUUCUUUGAUUUGUGUGGGAAAUGUUUAUAUAUAUCUGCUGUAAUCAGAUGAGUUGGAGCUAUAAUACUCCACAUGUGAUGGGUGUGAAGUAAGGAUGUAGUGUUACACUUUGGCACAAGUGGCAUGAGGCAUCCAGUACAUUCAGACAGAAUCUGCAAAUACGAGCAGAAGGUAAUUUUAUGUAUGUCUGUAUGGGCCCACAUGCAUGUAUGGAUUGUAUGUAUGUAUGUGUGUGUGUGUGCAUGCAUGUAUGGAUUGAUGGAUGAAUGAGCAUGUAUCUAUGUA